CUUAAAGAGAACAUAUUAAAUGGACUUUUGUCCAGACACCGUCUGCAUAUUUAUCAAUGGGCUCCGAGUGACUCAUAUGAAAAGAAGAACUUGUUAUUAUCGUUAGAUGACAUCACGCGUGGAAUCUGUUAGUGUUUGUAAACAGUCCUCGUAAUUAUAGAUUCUGUCAAAAAUUGGGGUAUCCAUCAUGGGUCCAGAAAAAAUUGAUGCUUGCGAUUUAUCCGACGUUGUUUUAAACGAAAACAGUAGCAAUGACACGCAGGAUUUGAAACCAAAAAAACGUCUGAAACGUAUAUUGCAUUUUUCGGAUGGCGAUUUAGAAGAAUAUUCUGAAGAUGAAACUGAUAAUUCUGAAGAGAAUAAAACAGUCAAUCAUAUAGAUCCAAAAACACUUAAUUGGAUACCUUGGGCUUGGUAUCAAACAACAUGGGUUGGCACUAAGAUAUUGGAUGGUUGUGAUUGUGCAGGCGAAUGGUUGGCCAGUUUUUUUGGUAUUACAUCUCCAAAAUAUCAAUUUGAAAUUAAUGAAUUCUAUAGACAGCAAGCUCUCGAAAAUGAAAUGACACAUAAACAGGAUUUAGAGAUGGGUGGAUGGAAUGAACGUAACAAAAAUAAUCUUAUACAGGACAAUAGUGUACAAUGAAACAAUGGAGUUAUAUUUUGUAAUAUUUAUUCACAGAAUUGUUUAUUUUGUGUUUAUUAACAUAAUUCUGUGUUUCAACAUUAUGUGUACUGAAAAUUUGUGGAACUGUUACAAUUUUAAAUAUUUUAGUAAUUAUAAUCACUUAUUAAAUAGUAUGUGUAAAAAAAGUUUUGCUUUUGAAGCAUCAUAAGUAUAUUAAAUUUGUUACAUACAUGUGUAAUAGUAUACAAAAUUUUAAAAAUAUUAUCAAAAUGUGUUUCAUCAAUAGAAAGUAAUAUCAUAAACAUAUGUUUAUGGAUAGCUUAACAAUACUGCUGAUACUUAAAUCUUGAAAAAAUAUACAGAUUGGACUGAGCUA